AAUACAUAGGGGUUCCAUAAUUAUGUUCGGCGCAUGCGCAAACACACGUGGCAUACAAAGCAGAGACAUGGCUCUGACUAGCAAGAGUAAACCUACCUUUCCCAAGCUGACUCUAAAGAGCUCAGUGGAGUUUGACUCGGGGAGAAGAGAGAUCUAUGUGUUGUGUAUCACUGGUACCAACAAGUAAGUCUGCAGAUGAAGGGCUUGACACAUUCACAACUCUAACCAAGAGGCUGUAAUUAUAUAUAAAACGCAGUGUCUCCUCACCCGGUACCGGCUUCUGUCUGUAGUUACUAGAGAGCCGGAACGAUCAUGUGCCAAUCCACUUUAAGAGAUCUGGAUGGUACGAUUGCAGCUUCAGGUUCUAACAAUUGUAUUAACGUGUACACGAACAGAGGCAGUGGACUGGAAGUUGCCUACCAAAUAGAAGCGUCAGGUAGAGGGGAGGGUGUGGUCAGUGGUCUGGAGUGGGCGGACAGGCAGUUGUGUGCGUCCUCCACUGAUGGACAUGUCAGAUUAUGGGAUACAAGAAAGUCCAGCAAAACUCCCACUAGUACAUUUCAAGGCUAUAACCACGAGCCCUUCAAUUGUGUGAGCUCUGAUAUGAGUGGGUCGUUAAUUGCAGCUGGCUCUGAUUUGGUGGGGGAAGAUGCAGCUAUAUAUAUCUGGGACUUACGAAUGGGGAGAGAUCCGAUUGGUCAGUUUACCGAGUCACAUAGCGACGACAUUGUAGCGGUACAGUUCAAGCCAGACUCCACCUACUCCCUUGCCUCAGGCUCUACAGAUGGGCUGGUGUGUCUGUUUGACUUGCAUACAAUGGAGGAGGAAGAAGCUGUCAUCUCUGUCAAGAACUCAGAGGCCUCCGUAUGCAAGGUUGGCUUCUGCGGACUUAACCACCUGUACUGUCUGACCCACGAGGGAGGAUGUGUGGUCUGGGAGAAUGCAGAGGUGUGUGGGGUGGAACCACUUUAUACUGAUCGUAAUGUGAAGAACACCAUUCAGGACGAGUUUGGAGUGGAUAUUGACUACCUAGUGGACUAUCAUUACCAGUCAUCGUCAGACGAGCUCUUCCUAGUGGGCGGGGACAAUAGUGGUGGAGUGAGAGUGCUCCACUGUGAGGACAUGAAGUCUCCCAAACCCGUUGGCCUAUUUAUUGGCGGUCACACGGCAACAGUUCGAGCUCUCUACUGGGACAGCACAGUGGAUGGCGAGACUCUGGUGACUGGGGGAGAGGAUGGGCUAGUGUGUCUGUGGACGUUGUAAUCAUAGUUGAGUCGAACUUGUUCUUUUUUUAUAUAUAUUUCUGUGUGUAUAUCAUGCAACAUCACUUAAUGGUUGAUCUGCAAUGCACAUAUGUGUGUAUAGUUUGUGUAUCAUUAUCAUCGAAAAUUA